AGACCAUCUCCUUCCCGCGGUGCCUCGACGAGAAAUGCGCGGUAAACAUUAUGCCUUAUUACCUCCAUUUUACGCUUUGACACACCGAACACCUGACGUUAUAUAGCGUAAAGCUCCGGUAAUUAGUAUGUACAGAAACACCAAAUCCUGUAUCGCCGCAAGAUGAGCGCCUUCGACGAGGAGAUCAGUGAUGCCGUUGAGGCCUUCCUGGAGGACGACUGGGAAGAGGAAGAGGGACAAGAGGAGGAGCUCGAGGAUUCUCUGCAAGACGAACCAGAUGAGAACUUCCAGGAUGAGCGAGAAAAGCCCAAUGACGACGAGGACUUUUUUGGCGACGGAGCGGACGAUGACAUAUUUGGCGACAUUCCGGAAGAUGACCUGCGUGAUUCGUCCCCCUCGGCAGGACCUUCCUCGAAUGCACUUGAGGCAGAGGAAGAUGUUUUGCCCGCCGGUGUUCCUCCACCCACCAAAGAUCACGAAAGGGUCCUUCACGAGUUCUUCGGUCACUCGUCGUUCCGCCCCAUGCAGUGGAAGAUCAUACACGCUGUCAUGCAGAAACAAGAUAAUUGCGUUGUGAUGGCUACAGGCUAUGGCAAGAGUCUGUGUUACCAGUUCCCGGCCGUGUACCAGCAGGGCGUGACGGUGGUGGUGUCUCCGCUCAUCUCCCUCAUGCGCGACCAAGUUCUGGGCCUUGAGGCUUUGGGCAUUCCCGCGUGUUUCCUCGGCAGCGCGCAGACCAAGAAAAGGGAAGUGUUCGCCGAGAUGUUCCAGGGGAGUUAUCGGCUGGUCUAUGUGACGCCCGAGUUUGUAGUGGCGUGCAUAGAUUUACUGAAGGACCUCAUGAACAAGGUGGGCAUCAUGCUGUUUGCCAUUGAUGAGGCUCACUGUCUCAGCCAAUGGGGUCACGACUUCCGCUCAUCAUACAGAAAACUCGACUCCAUAAGAAAGAACUUCCCUGGCACACCAAUUCUGGCUUUGACGGCGACAGCAACCCAGCGUGUACAGAGGGAUAUCUGCUCAGUGCUCAGGCUAAGGAGCCCAGUGGUCACCGUCACAAGCUUCGACAGACCCAACCUUUACCUAGAAGUGCGGCCCAAGACUAAGAGGAUCCUGGAAGAUAUUUUGUCACUCUUGGUCAAGGAUGGGAAGGGCAAGUACACAGUAGACGGCUCGACCAUCAUUUACUGUCCCACCAAGAAGACGACGGAAACUGUGGCUAGUGAGUUAAAACGAGGCAGGCUGGAAUGCAGAGUGUACCAUGCCGGGAUGAGCCAGACAGAGCGCGACAUUUCCCACCAGAGUUUCGUGUGUGACAAGGUCAAGAUCAUAGUGGCCACUGUCGCCUUCGGAAUGGGCAUUGACAAGCCAGACGUGCGGCGCGUGAUACACUACGGAGCGCCGGGCAACCCUGAGUCUUACUACCAGGAAAUAGGUCGCGCCGGAAGGGACGGCCUGCCCUCAACGUGCACUGUGUUUUAUGCGCCGGGGGACACAUCCAGCUACAAGUUUUUAAUUAGCCUGAUCAAAAAGGAGGAGUUUAUGAAGCACCAAAUGGAAAUGCUUAACAAGAUCAUCGACCUCCUCACCGAUAACGAGACUUGCCGGAGAGCCUCGAUCAUCUCCCACUUCACCUCCAAGCUCGACAAGACCCCGCCGAGGAAGGACUGCUGCGAUAACUGUACGAACAAGCUUCAAGGGAACAGGCCAAACAAAGGGUCGGCGAGGGUCAAUGCAGCUCUGGAUGAGGAAGGCAAAUACGACUUUACCGAAGAUGCCAAAAAGCUACUUGAAACGUCAGAGAGGUGUCCAAACUGUGCCGUGAGUGCCCAUGUCUCCAUCCUGAAGGGCCUGAAGAGCCAGCGGGUGAAGCCACACUGGAAGAAGUUUCCCACGUACGGCGCGGGGAAGAACAGGAACGAAAACUACUGGAAGGAGCUUGUUCAGAUGCUGGUACGCGCUGGGCUGCUCUCGGAAGAACUGAUUCAUGUCGGCGGUGGUGGUGGCGGCAGGGGGCGCGGCAGAGGCUGGGGCAGGGGCGGUGGUGGCUCUAUGACCUUUUCAUACAAUGCCAUAAAGCUGAAUGAAAAAGGAUAUCAAGUUCUCAGAGAUCCUAGUGCCAAAAUCUGCCUCAAGCCCUCGACCGUCAUGCUGGAGCAGUUGAGAUAUGUCAUCAAAAGGGUUGAACCUGAGUCAGGGCCGGACAUCUUCACCUCCACCGGGCCUGGUCACCGAACAUUUAAUCCUCGGGACUUCCUCUUCCAACCAUCUGCUGUGAGCCCAAUCAAAGAGCAGAGAGUCAGGCCUUCAGCGCCCAGCAUUGUCGGGCCCUCGCGGCCUGCCAGGAGGGACGCAACGAAGGACCACCAGGGACGGCAAGCUGAGGACGCAUCAACCUCUGUGAAUGAAGUUGAUGACGUGGAGCAGCUGAAGAUAUGGAAUCUGUACCAGUCCCUCGUGGUGCUUCGGAACUGUGUUGCCGAUGAGAAGAGCUUCAUGCCGUACCUGCUGGCUAAUGAUCACUCCCUCAUGAUCAUGGCCAAGGAGCGCCCCACCACGCCCUCCGCCCUGCACUCAAUUGAGGGGAUGAGUGAGGCGAGGGUCAAGCAGUUUGGUCCAUACUUCAUAACACACAUCCGUUCGUUCUGCAAGGCGAAGGAUUUGGCAUGUCCAGAGUAUCCUGAAGGUGAUGCUUUCAGCCCUGACAAACAGAGCUGGACCUUCAAGGAAACCUCUUUUGGUUGGGAGUUCAGAGUCCACCAUUCCACAACCUCAUUGCCGGAAUCCUCGUCCAGUGGGUGGCUGUCCAAACCCAGACGACCAGUGGAUUCCAGCUCUGAACACCAGCCUGGCUCAUCCUCUGAAGAUAAGGCAGCGGCAACGAGCAACAGAAGUGAUGAGGGAAAAGGGAAGUCAUCAAGUGUAUCAGGAACAGGAGUGAGUCUUAGUAAUGAUGAUGAUGAUUUCCUUGACUCGUUGCUUGAAUCAGAGGCUGUUGACUUCUCUAAAGAUCACCGAGAUGAGACACAGAACCGUUCCCAGAAGACAUCAGAAUGCAGAGUCAAGAAAGAAGAGGUUGCAAUCCCUAAAUCUUCUUCCAACAGCGAUGUCGGUCUCAAAGAAAUCAGCUCACAAGGGAAUAGAAGUGCGUCUUAUCCCUCAAGCUCCCAGGAUAGAAUACUAAAAAAUAAACCCAGCCUUAGUCAGUUUAGUUAUAAGCCCAAGGAAGAAGGUGUGAAAGAAGACAUUCCAUUGAAGUUUGAAGACAGUUCCCAGGUGAAUGACUCCACCCUCCAAGACCUGUACAGAUAUAAGCCCAGAGCAAAGCGAGGCAUUCAGUUAGUGGAGUCUGGCUCGGAGGAGAAGACAGAAAGCACAAGUUCGUCCAGCCACUAUGAGGAGAUUUUAAAAGAGAAGGGAAAGUCGGCCAGCCAGUGGAUCAGUGCACGGAAGAAGAAUAGAAAGUUUAAGUUUUAGCUGGUACUUUCUUAUUCCUAUGGGCCAUAUUACAAGUCGAAUCCGAGAGGUUCAGGCCCCCACAGAGUAUUUCAUUCCGAACUUUGCAGGGACCCAAAACUUCUCAGAUUCACCUUGUAAUACGGCCCCUAAUUGGAAGUCUGCAGGGACCCCAAACUUCUUGCAUUCCCCUUGUAAUGCAGCCCUAUGUUGAAAAAGUUAAUAAAAAAUAACCUAAGCUCAUCCUAAGACAUCAUCUACUUUAGUACAGUAAAAUUAACUUCCUUUCACCUCCAUGAAUUUUGUUUUAUGAAUGAAUAAAUAGUUUUGUAAAUA